ACGUGCUCAGGAAUCUGGGGAGGCCGUGCACGUGGGAUGCUUUCCAUCAGCUCAGAUGCUACAACACAGGAGCAUCAGGCCCGUGCUGCUGCUGGUUUGGACACCCAAGGUUCCACAUGGGUGCUCUCAGCUCAAGCCCCCAGCCCUCCCUAGGACCCCUGGAGGCAAGGCCUUCCACGUGAGGUGCCAGCUGUUGUCAAGGCAGGGUCCCUCAGAGGCAGGCAGGGCAGGCAGGCCCCAGGGCCCCAGGCUGCAAACCAGGCUGCUGGUCACAGCCUUGUUUGGGGCGGGCCUGGGUGGGGGCUGGCUGGCCCUGAGAACUGAGAAGGAGAAGCGGCGGCAGCAACAGCGGACAGAGGCCCUGCGGCAGGCCGCCGUGGGCCAGGGCGACUUCAGCCUGCUGGACCACCGGGGCCAGGCCCGAUGCAAAGCCGACUUCCGGGGCCAGUGGGUGCUGAUGUACUUUGGCUUCACUCACUGUCCCGACAUCUGCCCUGAUGAGCUGGAGAAGUUGGUUCAGGUGGUGCAGCAGCUAGAGGCCGAGCCCGGCCUGCCCCCUGUGCAGCCCAUCUUCAUCACCGUGGACCCCGAGCGGGACGACGUUGCAGCCAUGGCCCGCUACGUGCAGGACUUCCACCCACGGCUGCUGGGCCUGACAGGCUCCUCGGAACAGGUCGCCCAGGUCAGCCGCAGCUUCCGUGUGUACUACAGCGCUGGCCCCAAGGACGAGGACCAGGACUACAUUGUGGACCACUCCAUUGCCAUCUACCUGCUUAGCCCUGACGGCCUCUUCACAGACUACUACGGCCGGACCCGCUCUGCUGAGCAGAUUGUUGACAGUGUUCGGCGCCACAUGGCUGCCUUCCGCAGCAUCCUGCCUGAGCCGGGUCAAUAAAGGGUGUGGUGGA